UAAAAAUUGUUUUGUAAUAGUAAUAAUAAAUUAUAACCAGAAUAAACCAAAUAAAUGUGAAUGAACGAAAAUCAGAUCACAAAGAAGAGACCACAACAAAAAGUACAUAAAUAGAAACAAUUUAAUUAAAAAAAAAUUAGAGAUUGCUGUGAAGGGACAUCAAGGAUAUUAUCAUACAUUUGUUCUUUGGCAGUUUCGUUUUUGUGAAUAAGAACAAAAAAAACAGAAGCCAUAUAUAAGCAUAAAAAGGGGACAAUAGAAUUGGGUGGUUUCUAAUACCAGCUAAUGAUAUCAGCAGCAAGCAGCCCUCGUAUGUCCCUUUUGUGUGAGGUUUUUGAAAAUUCAUCAAAAUUGUGUUUGGUUUGCAUUUGUGGACACAAUCCCAAUCCACUCCGGCUACCACUGUCUCCCGCACACGUAGCUGGUUUGGAUUUGGAUGCUCUCCAGAGCAACUACUAACACUGACACAACAUUUGCAGAGAUUGUGUAGAGCUCAUAGGACGGUAAAAAUGUCUUCUUCCCAGUCCUCUGCGUCUGUGGAAGAUGACGUGAGAUCGACAGCCAAUAAGUCAGUAGCCGUUGAUACAAUAGUUAAAUUUCCCAGCCAGAGGGGAGAUUAUGAGACCUCUUUAGACCCGAAUGAUGAAUAUGAAGUAGCUGGUGCUAUGAUAGAUGUUGAUGGAUUCUGCUACGCCGACUAUUCUCUUAAGCAAUAUGCCCAUAGUGUUUUGGAUUUCAGUUCACAAUAUGGCAUAGAUUUAAGUAUAUCCUAUACGGCGCCAAAUAUUACGGGCAGACCUUCCAUAUAUCCAAAUUAUGGUGAUUUUCCUCAAACUUUCGCCAUGCGCACUUAUGGCGACUGGUGGGACAAGUCUCCUUCUCGUUUACGGGAAAUAUCACCUCAAAAUUUACCCAAAGUACCCGCUGAAGAUUUUAUAGUUUUGUACUUUGAAGACUAUGUCAUACCCGAAGAAAUUGCUAUUUUUGAAACAUUUAAUCCUGGUGCUGUUAUACGCAUUUGGGCGUAUACAAUUGCCAAGACAUGGAUUUGUUUGUGGGAGGAUAAUGAAUUCUAUACACGGCCUCCGGUUGUGGCAAAUAGAGCGAGAAGUUUUGAACCACCUUUAAAACGUAUACAAUUACCAACCAAGACAAUAAGACUGGAGUUUAAUCACCAACGUCUCCACUAUUACACCGAAAUUGAUGCAGUUCUAUUAAAUGGCAAAAAAUUCAACAUGAGAAAUAUGCAGACCCUACUCGACUACUAUGAAAGACAAAGAAAAGGUUCCAUUUUAUGUAAAUUACAAAAUAUGAAAUUUCGCCCCGUGUGCAAGGACAACUAUCAAACACGUUUGCAACAUUUUCUAAUGCAUGAUUUGGAUAAAUUUAUGACAGCCUUAAACGAUGUACAAAUCAACGAUACAACCAAUACCAAAGAUACUGAAGCAACACCACGAGCAGAUUUAAAAGAUAUGCCGUUCGAUAUAGUCUUAAAAAUCUUUAGCUAUUUAGAUUUAGUCUCACUAUUUCGUGUGGGCCAGGUGUCGCGUUUCUUUUAUGAUGUCUCUACACAUCCUUUAUUGUAUAGUGAAUUGAAUUUGAAACCUUAUUGGCAUUUAGCUUCUACAGAGUUACUUUCCACGCUGGCCAAAAGAGCUACGAUUUUAAAGAAAUUAGACAUGUCCUGGUGUGGCUGUACCAUACAAACGGUAUCGCCAACCGAGUUUAAAAAAUUUAUACAACAACGUGGUGAUUCUUUGACUCACAUACGCUUAAAUUCAGCUAAGUUUUUAAAUGCCAGCUGCAUUGAAACUUUAGGCAUUGUCUGUGAUAAUUUAAGAGAACUCUCUUUGCGGAAUUGCUCUACUAGUCCUCCUUUAUUGAAUUUUUCCUGUUUGGCAAAUUUAAAGAAUUUAGAACGUUUGGAUUUAUUUCAAACAGUCAUUGAAUCGGAUUUACUGUUGACCAUGCUGGAAAGUAAUCCUAAAUUGAAACAUUUAAAUUUGGCAUUUUGCAAUGUGGCUGUUAAUAUGGAUGAUGUUGCUUUGCAUAUUUCCCAGUAUAACAAACAAUUGGUAUCCUUGGAUUUAUGGAAAGCACAUUUUCUAUCCGCUCAUGGUCUAAUUGCUUUAGCUGAAUGUCAUGAUUUGGAAGAGGUGGAUUUUGGUUGGUGUUUACGUGAGGCUACUUUGGGUGAUAGUUUAAAGGAAUUCCUAACGAAAUGCCCCAAAUUGAAGAAAUUGUUUUUAGCUGCUGUACGUGGUUUAACCGAUCGUGAUUUAGAAUAUAUUGCAAAUUUAUGUCCAAACUUGGAACAAUUGGAUCUAAUGGGUGUUUUGGGUAUAUCCAAAGAAAAAUACUAUGAUAUUUUACAAAAAUGUAAACAUUUGGAAUUACUGGAUCUAAGCUUUUGCGAUAAUAUUACGAAUUAUGAGGUGGCUAUGUGGUCUCGUAAUUUUAAGGUUAAUAUCAAGUGUUGUCAAGAUUUUAGAUCAGAUUUUUACUAACAACAAUUUUAGUUAAUUACAUUUGUAACGAAAAUUCUUUAUAUAAAUUAGUUUUUAAAAGAAUGUUAUUGUAUGUAGAUAGUAAAAUAAAUUAAAAUAAAAAAUGUAAUAAA